AACACUGCUCUAUUUAAAGCGCAUCAUAGGGCCCAUGUGAGGUUGCUCUCUGUGGCAUGGCACAGGCCUUCAUAGUGUUCACAAUAUCCCUCAAAAAGCACAGAGAGCACACAGGACAGCAGCAGUGGCACUAUAGAACAACUGAACAGUUUCAACUUUGCUAUGGAUGAUUUUGAGUACAGUGUCCAAAUCUCUGAGCUCGACUGGGACUCCUUUUUUCAAGCGUGUGAAGAGUGUAACAUGUUGCCCCCAGGGUUAGCAGGCCUGGAUGACUCAGGAAUGAGUGACAUGGAUGACAUGGUGAACCAGCGAACACAGACAACCACACAGACUACCUCGUAUGAUCCAGAGCUUCAAAUUGACGGCCCCCCUGACUGUGAAGGUUCUCCUGUGGAGCUUUUUCUGAGCAAAUAUGGCUUGAGCAAUCCAGAUCAAGUUCUCUCUGGCAGUGAGGACGACUUCCACUUGGAGGCUGUCAAUGUGUUUUUUGAGAGGUUGAAAAGUUUUUCAGUGACUGAAGAUCAGACAAAUUUGGGGAGUAAAAUGGCUGUCCAUUCAGAGGGAUCUGAUGUGAAAGAAGAUACAAAAGAGAUAGCAGCAUCUGUAGAAAUAUCGCAGUCAUGCAGAAAUCAGACGGCACAGAGAAAUUAUUGUCAUACCUAUAUGCAUACUGAGUCUACAGAUGAUGAUUUAGACCAAGAAAUAUAUAAAUCUGCCUGUCCUAAGACAGAGCUGUUUAUCAGAGAAGAAGACUGGUCACUGGAUGUAUUGAAAGAGGGAGAUAAAUGGGAGACACAACCCGGCAUUGAAAAGAGUCCAUGCAAUGGUCUAGUCAAUGGGAAAGAGCUCACAGAACCGAACCAGGUCAAAGAAGAAAAUUCUCAGCUAGUAACAAGCAAUAAUUCUGACUUGCUUGUAGUUCAGGGUCAAGCUUCCAACGUUACCCCAAGAAGGCGAAGAAGAAAGAAAAAGAGAAUAAAUGUAGAACUGGUGGAAAUGGAUCCUGGAUAUGAGGCUCAAUUGCCAAGCAAAGUGAGCGACUCUGACGAAGACACAUAUGGGAGAAGAGGAGAAACUGAUCCAAAGACAUAUAUGUCUGAGUACUGUGGCCCAGGGACUGUUUCUGAGGCAUGCUGUGCACCUCAUGGCUUUCUAGCACAUCCUAAGCAAAAUUGUAUUUCAGAGAAUUUCUCAGUAUUUUCACAGUCAGUCCCAAUGAAGGGAGAUAUCAAGAAGGCUGUACUGGUAAGCACUCAUUUACAAAAAGAACUCAGUAAGAGCUCAGUAAGAGUUGCUCAGAGCAAGAGAGAAACUGGCAUAAUGUCUGAUAGUAAUCUGACAGGGAAACAAGCAGAAACUGGGAAGCAUGCCAUGAGAGCAGAUCUCAAAGCUCCUGAGGCUGGUGUUUCUGCUACAGAGACACCUCAAAAUGAUGACAGUCUAUCAGCACACACUAAUGGAGAUAAUGCGGGAAAUCAUUUACAGCUUAACAACCAUUUGCCAUCAGAAAUGCUAGUAUCUAUUGCCAGCUCUGAUGUUUCAAAAAUUGAGAGAAAACCUGUAAGCACAGAAAAUCUUGUCUCACAUCACACAGAUGAGAUCAAAACACAAACACAUAGUGCAGCAUUACAACUAGCACCUUUGAUGCCAUCACACAAUGUUGUUAACCCAAAGACACAAAAAAGUCAAUCUGAAAAUAGUGUGACGUUAUCAGACUUUCAGUUUGAUGAGUCUAGUGCAAUAGGUCAGAGGAAAACCUCAAUUUCCUGUGUAACAUUUCCUGAGUUAACAGACAAGACAUUCUUCUCAGCAUCUUACAAAAACACUGAGAAGAAAGAGAGUUUAUCUUCUGUGUCUCAAGAUGAAGUCCCACUUGAACACAAAAAUGAUGAUUUGCAAGCUAAGGGAAGUCUGUCAGAAAAAUCUUAUUUCAAGUUAUUGGCAGAUCAUGUAAAUAUGGCCCAAAUAAAUAACCAGAAUGGUCACAUGGCACAAAUAAUUGCAGCCCAAAUACCAAAAGCAGAUGAGAUCAAGGAUGCUCCAUUAGUUGAACCAAAAGCAGAAAUAAUCAACCAAAAAGUGUCAAAAGAGCCUGACAUCUCAAAUGCAUAUGUGGAUUCACAAACUGAAAAUUGGAUAGAGGAGAAUGUCCCAUCUUUAAUAUUAAAGAAUGUACCUGAAAGCCAGAACAGUAUAAAUAUGAAAGCUGGUAUCAAAGGUGACCAAAAUGAGGAACACCAGCCUCUGGUACACGUCACUGAACCAGACAGUCAACUUUCAGAUUACUCAAAAUCAGAAGACACCCUGUCUAAUAUUCUUACCAGUGGUGAAGAACAAAAAGUUCAAAUUCUCUAUGUAGAUACACCACAUUGUUUUUCAUCUAAAGACCAUGACCUGCCACCUACUAUAGUUGUGCAGCAACCUCCUGAGUCAAUAGGUGGAGCUGAAAGUCUAGGAACAGUAGAUCCUAAUUCUGUAAGUCAACCCACAUCUCCUGUAUAUGCUAUGUCUUCCUUCUGGAAUGAAAUGGAGAAGCUGACCAUAAACGAUAUUUUGCGACUCCGUCUGGUUGGCCAAGCUCAGCACCCCAGUGUGCUACUCCAGCCAGAGGACAGCAGUAUAGUAGAAGUCACAGAUGCAGCAGAUUCAGGAUAUUUCACACACUCGGAUGAAUCCAAGCAUGACCACUUCAGUGGGAAUGUGUCAUUCAUAUCUGACUUUGAUGGAGAGCUUUCACAGCUCCUAUCUCCAGAUGCAAGCAAGCUAGAUGAGGGGACAUGGGAAAGUAAUCCAAAUCUGUCUGGAACUGCAAGAGGAAUGGAAGAAGUGUUUAAUUCAGAUACAGCCCAUUCAUCACCUCUCUUUAGAAAUGAUUCCAAUCAUUGCUUCAGGAAGAUGUGUAAAAAUAUUAGUGUCCAAGACUUGCAAGCUCUUGAAGACCAAAACUUGGGGAAAAUCCUGAGAAAUGCCUCUCUCCACUCCAUCCAUUCUGUUUAUUCCACUCAAUCCGAAGUUGAGGAUGAUUAUGUAGAUCCAUUCGAUCGUGUGGAAACUUCAUCCCCAGUGUACCUCUCUGAUGAAGAGGAGAUGGACAGCACUGGCAUCACUUUCUCAGAGAUCUUUGAGUAUCUGUUCGGUACGGAUGAAACCAAACAGUCCGUCUCUCAGGCCGACACUGUAGCUGCUUCUAAUCUUGAUGGAACUGAGACCUCUGUCCUUGAGAUGUAUGAACAUUUCUUUUCAGAGUUUGAACCUGAAAGUUUAUUUUACCCACUUGCAGACGACAACAGCAGUACUAACGAGCUGGUUCCCAUCUUCUCCUCUUCACGCUCAGCAACUAGGAAUGUCCAGUUCCCUGAGGCAUAUGAUUACUUUUUCCCAGAUGAUUCCCCUGUUCACUCAGAUGAAGAUGAGGAACCUGAGCAUACAGUAAUCCGAGUAUUCACGCGAUAUGACCACACACCAACCAAGAACCAUGAUUCCGUGGCAGCCUCAGACCAAUACAAACACUUUUUACCUGAGAAAGAUAAUAGUUGGACCUUCCUGUGGACAAACCCUUUUUCAUUUAGGAGAGUCCGCCGCACAGGAUUCACAGCCCCACUUGAGGAGUCCAGUUCUCAGGCUCUCACUCCAGUAAAAAAUACUGUCAGGUCAUUUCAUAGAGGAAUUCAACCUAUAAAUAUAUUGGGUGCUGAUGAGAGCCCAUUUCCAGACCCGCUGAUUCUCAGCCUGGAGAAACGCAUCUUAAGACAGCUGGCAGACCAGCAGAAGAUAUAUAGUGAAAUACAGACAGCUGUUGCUGAUCCAAGGCUGGAUGCACCACUGUUGCCCAUUAAACAGGCAGAUAUGUGCUUGGUUUGCAUUGCCUUUUCCUCAUGGGUCCUGAAGUCAGUCAACCCUCAAGGAGCUGAUACAUGGAAAGCUGUUCUGUUGGCGAAUAUAAGUGCUCUAUCUGCCAUCCGAUACCUCCGGAGAUUCACGAGGGAUGAGGCGGCCAAAAUAUCUCCACUGCGUCAGAUCAAGCCUGCGUAAAUCUGACCACAGGCCUAUGAGUGUUGCCAGGUCACCUUCUUAUCAGUCACUCCUUUUUCCUAUGUAACCAAACCCAGAGCUGAUGAUACAUAUCAUAAACUGUGCAUGCAAAAACAUCAUGUGAUUAAUUAAUAAUCUUCAUCUAUAUGCUUACUCAUUGAGCCAAGACAACGGGCAUUAGCUUUCAUAUUAUACAAGGAACACAUCACAACCAUACAGAAUAGUAUAAAAUGACCAAAUCUUGAUAUUUCAUGACCAGUGUAUUACAGUUGUGCCAGUUUUUGUGGGCAAAGAGAAUCAUGCAAGAUUUUGAUCUUUAGUAAGGUAAGGUAAGUGAAAGAAUAAAAAAAGGUGUUGAUCAUGAGGUAAGAUAUGGGCAUUAACUUUCAUCACAUGCAAUAUUCUUGUAAAUUGACCAGUCCUGUGAUGAAAAGUAUGCUAUACAGGUGCAUCUAAAAAUUAGAAUAUCGUGGAAAAGCGCAUUUUGCUCUAUAAUUGAAUUCAAAAAGUGGAACUUUCAUAUAUUCUAGAUUCAUUACACAUAAAGUGAAAUAUUUCUAGCCUUGUUUUAUUUUAAUCUUGAUGACUACGGCUUACAUGGAAAUCAAAAAUCUAGUAUCUCAAAAUAUUAGAAUAAUGAAUUUAUAAUAUGACCUUCUGAAAAAUAUGUUAAUUUUCUUGGUUGGGACUUUAAUCCUUUUGCACGAGUGUGGCGUGGCAUGGAGGCAAUCAGUCUGUGGCACUGGUGUUAUGGAAGCCCAGGUUGCUUUGAUAGUGGCCUUCAGCUUGUCUGUAUUGUUGGGUCUGGUGUCUAGCAUAGGUUCUCUGUGGGGUUCAGGUCAGGCAACUUGGCUGGCCAAUCAAGCACAGUAAUACCAUGGUCAGCAAACCAGUUACUAGUAGUUUUGGCACUGUGGGCAGGUGCCAAGUCCCGCUGGAAAAGGAAAUCAGCAUCUCCAUAAAGCUCGUCAGCAGAUGAAAGCAUGAAGUGCUCUAAAAUCUCCUGGUAGACACUACAUUGACUCUCGAUUUGAGAAAACACAGUGGACCAAAACCAGCAGAUGGCAUGGCACCCCAAAUCAUCACUGACUGUGGAAACUUCACAGUGGACUUCAAGCAACUUGGAUUCUGUGCCUCUCCACUCUUCCUCCAGACUCUGAGACCUUGAUUUCCAAAUGAAAUGGAAAAUUUGUUUUCAUCUGAAAAGAGGACUUUGGACCACCAGCAACGGUCCAGUCCUUUUUCUCCUUAGCAAAGGUAAGAUGCUUCUGACGUUGUCUCUGGUUCAGGAGUGGCUUGUCACUAGGAAUGCAACACUGCAACAUUUCUGUAUUAUAAAUUAUUUAUUCUAAUAUUAUGAGAUACUGGAUUUUUGAUUUCCAUUCAAGCCAUAAUCAUCAAGAUUAAAACAAAAAAAGGCUUGACAUAUUUCACUUUAUGUGUAAUGAAUUAUAGAAAUAAAGAAUAUAUGAAAGUUCCACUAUUUAAAUUUAAUUACGGGAAAAAACUAACUUUUCCACGAUAUUCUAAUGGAUUUUGUUGUUGUUGUUGUUGUUUUUUUUUUUUUUUUAGAUGCACAGAUAGUGUUAAAAUGGCAUUUCCUGCAGGCUGAAGAAAUUGCAUUUGGCAGAAGGUAGAAGGGAAAGUGUGUAAUGACAGUUGUACAGUGGCUCAUAGAAAUUAAUGAAAUAAAAUUAACAAAAUGCUGAUAUUUGGGUCCAAGCACAAAUAAAUGCCAAGUUGUGCAACACUAAAGGUUAAACCAUGUCAUUUAAUUUAUUAUGAAUCCCCAUAAGCUAUGAAUGAAGUUGCUUAUGGAGCAAAUAUGGCUAUGUGACAUAAAGCACAAUUGUGAUGAUAGGAAUAAAUGAUCUUGGGGACUGAAAAUGUACUGGUGUUUAAGCUCUAUCUACUGAUAUCUAUCCUUACAAUAAUAUGCUAACAUAUAUAUUUUGUUUCUCUUCUUGGGCAGUUCAUUUUAGACAACGCAAGGCAGGACUAAUACUGUAUUUUAAUUAAAUAAAUUAGUUUUUUUAUUAUUA